UUUUUUGUUUGUCGGGGCCCAGUCUUGUACUCGCUGUGUUAACCUUCAUUAGCACGCAAGGUGGUGAAACAAUUGAGAAUGACGGUUAGGUGUGCAAAUCUUGACCGUUGGACGUGCGUAGUAGCGGUGAUGGUAACGUUGCUUACUGCACCAGUCAUAGGAUCUACUCGAACACGAUUGACUAAAGGUAACAGAGCACUUCAGCUUUACUCAGGGCGUUUAGAAGUCUUCUACAAUAACAAGUGGGGAACAGUGUGUGACGACAAGUUCAAUGAACGCACCGCCGGUGUUAUUUGCCGCACUCUAGGCUUCAGCUUUGGGUAUUUUGUUACAAGUCGUGUAUUUGGAGCCGGGAGUGGACAGAUUUGGCUAGAUGACGUUGUUUGUGUAGGAUGGGAGACUGAUAUAUCCCAGUGUUCCCAUAACGCUUGGGGAGUACAUAACUGUCAACAUAACGAGGACGUUGGACUUGUCUGCGAAAGGAUUCCAGGAAAGUACUCUGGACCUCCCUUUAGGCUAAGUAGUGGGUUUGGAAAUAAAGAAAGUCUAAGGGGACGUCUGGAAGUGCUCUACAACAACAUAUGGGGAACAGUUUGUGACGACUCAUUCACUCUCAACACUGCCAGAGUGAUUUGCAGUCUCCUUGGUUUCAGUUCUGGUUAUCAAGUGGUGAAUUCCAGAUUUGGAGCCGGAAGUGGGCAAAUUUGGCUUGAUGACGUUGUUUGCUCCGGAGGGGAAACUGAUAUAUCCCAGUGUUCCCAUAACGCAUGGGGAGUAAAUAACUGUCACCAUAACGAGGACGUUGGGCUUGUCUGCUUUAAUACUGUAGAAACCCCCUUAAAGCUAGUUAAUGGGUUUGGAAAUAAUGAAAGUCUAACUGGACGUCUGGAAGUGUUCUACAACAACAUAUGGGGAACAGUUUGUGACGACUCAUUCACUCUCAACACUGCCAGAGUGAUUUGCAGUCUCCUUGGUUUCAGUUCUGGUUAUCAAGUGGUGAAUUCCAGAUUUGGAGCCGGAAGUGGGCAAAUUUGGCUUGAUGACGUUGUUUGCUCCGGAGGGGAAACUGAUAUAUCCCAGUGUUCCCAUAACGCAUGGGGAGUAAAUAACUGCCACCAUAACGAGGACGUUGGGCUUGUCUGCUUGAAUACUCUAGAAACCCCCUUAAAGCUAGUUAAUGGGUUUGGAAAUAAUGAAAGUCUAAGUGGACGUCUGGAAGUGUUCUACAACAACUUGUGGGGAACAGUUUGUGAUGACUCAUUCACUCCCAACACAGUCAGAGUGAUUUGCAGUCUUCUUGGUUUUAGCUCUGGUUAUCAAGUGGUGAAUUCCAGAUUUGGAGCCGGAAGUGGGCAGAUGUGGCUGGAUGACGUUGUUUGCUCCGGAGGGGAAACUGAUAUAUCCCAGUGUUCCCAUAACGCAUGGGGAGUAAAUAACUGUCAACACACCGAGGACGUUGGGCUUGUCUGCUUGAAUACUCCAGCGGAUAUCUCUUCGCCUGCCAUGACUACCCGGAUACAGGACAAAACGCAGACACCAACUGAAUUAUUGUCAACUUCAACGGAUAUCUCUUCGCCUGCCAUGACUACCCGGAUACAGGACAAAACGCAGACACCAACUGAAUUAUUGUCAACUUCAACGGGUAUCUCUCUGACUACCAUGACUACCCAGAUAUCAGACAAAACGCAGGCAUCAAGUAAAUUCUCGUCAAUUUCAUACGAACAUUCCACAAAUACCCCAGUGCUGUGCAAAAUACAAACGUCAGAUUCAAAUGCCGAAUCGAAAGGACUGGACAAUCGAGCCCUAAUCGUUGGUGUGGCUGUAGGAGUUGGCGAAGCUAUCAUUGGCAUAGUUAUCGUGGUAAUUGUUGUUAUUGUUCGGCGGUGUCGGCAUUCUCAGAGGGGUGCCCAUAAUGAAUCUGGUGCAAGAGAUGAGCACUUUUACGAGAAUGAAGUCUUUGUAGUUCAAAACAGAGGACGUAACCGCCCCUGUCGGGAAGUUGCCCCAGAAACGGAACGGCCACAGUCCGCGUCCAGCGUGGCCCACAUAUAUGAGCAAGUUGUUUUUAGGUAAAACUGUUCUUUCGGGACGUAAGUAGGAAAUGUAUACACGACUGCUUAACAAACAUGCCAGUAUUGUUUAUUUUUACAGUACGUCAUGUGGUCUGUCUCUAAGAUGUAGGUGUAUGGCAUGUAUCGUGAAGCGAGUGCAAAGUAUUGUUUUGUUAAGUUGUUUGAAACCUUAAACUUACUGACAAAAAUAGCUCCCUGCUAGAACGUCUACUACAAUUGUCUCACAAGAUUUUGUAGAAGAACGUCGACUAAAGGACAAAAAAAUGUAAAACUACUGUUAAAUAUGUAACAAUAAUAACACGUUAAUUUUCUAAUGUUCUAAAUAAAUAUUCCAAACUAAAAUGUUC